AUGUUACUGUGUACCUGGGAGCCCGCUUCGAGACUUUUCGAGGAAGCGCUUCCACUUAACGGUCGGCGGCAGCCUAACGCUUUCGUCGGUAAUUUCCAUCACCACCAAGCCCCAGGCACAUGCCACACACUACCUACCUAUCGUGGGGCCACACUGCGUGCGAGCCCCAAUCCCCCAGAUCCCGUCGACAGCCGGAAAUUGGCGUCCACUUGGGCAAAAGCAGUCGAGAUAUGCCUGACCAUCGAAAGAAGGCCAGCUGCUUUUGGCCAAGCUUUUGGGUUCCUGGCAGGCCUUGGGCCAUGA